GGAAAAAGCUAUGACUGCAAAGUGGCAGGAGCACACGAGGAGCUUUAUUGGGGUAGCACUUGUACAGGAUUGCAUGCAAGAGAAGUCCCCACAGCAUGAAACCUUCCAGAGACUAUAGUGAAGGGCCACUACCUAGAAGGGGACAGAAGAAUGGAGCCUAAUUUAAAUCAAGAUGGGGUGCCUAGACCAUCAUAUGUUUUUAGUGCUGACCCGAUUGCAAGGCCUUCAGAAGUAAAUUUUGACAGCAUUAAGCUUGAUCUCUCUCGUGAAUUUUCCUUAGUUGCUUCAAGCACUGAGGCAAAUAGUUUCGACUCCAAAGAUUAUCUUCAGGUUUGUCUUCGAAUAAGACCAUUCACACAGUCAGAAAAAGAACACGAGUCUGAGGGCUGUGUGUAUAUGCUGGACCCACAGACUGUUCUGCUGAAAGAUCCUCAAAGUAUCCUUGCUCGGUUAAGUGAGAAAAGCUCUGGGCAGAUGGCACAGAAAUUCAGUUUUUCUAAGGUUUUUGGUCCAGAAACAACACAGAAGGAAUUCUUCCAGAGUUGCAUUAUGCAGCCAGUAAAAGACUUUUUGAAAGGACAAAGUCGACUGAUUUUUACUUAUGGGCUAACCAAUUCAGGAAAAACAUACACAUUUCAAGGCACAGAAGAAAAUAUUGGCAUUCUGCCUCGAACUUUGAAUGUAUUAUUUGAUAGUCUUCAGGGAAGGCUGUAUACAAAAAUGAACCUUAAACCACAUAGAUCCAGAGAAUAUUUACGGUUGUCACCAGACCAAGAGAAAGAAGAAAUUGCUAGCAAAAGUGCAUUGCUUCGGCAAGUUAAAGAGGUUGUUAUGCAGAAUGACAAUUAUGAUAGUCUUUAUGGAAGUUUAACAAACUCUUUGAAUAUCUCAGAGUUUGAAGAAUCCAUGAAAGAUUGUGAACAAGCUAGCUUGAAUAUGGAUAAUAAUAUAAAAUUUUCUCUGUGGGUUUCUUUCUUUGAGAUUUAUAAUGAAUAUAUUUAUGACUUGUUUGUUCCUGUGUCAUCCAAGUUCCAGAAGAGAAAGAUGCUACGCCUUUCCCAAGAUGUAAAGGGCUAUUCUUUUAUAAAAGAUCUACAAUGGGUUCAAGUGUCUGAUUCCAAAGAAGCGUAUAGACUUUUAAAACUAGGCAUAAAGCACCAGAGUGUUGCCUUCACAAAAAUGAACAAUGCUUCUAGUAGAAGUCACAGCAUAUUCACUAUUCGAAUAUUACAGAUUGAAAAUUCUGAAAUGCCUCAUGUAAUGAGAGUCAGUGAAUUGUCUUUAUGUGAUCUUGCUGGUUCAGAACGAAGCAUGAGGACACAGAAUGAAGGUGAAAGGUUAAGAGAGACUGGGAAUAUCAACACGUCUUUGUUGACUCUGGGAAAGUGUAUUAAUGCUUUGAAGAACAGUGAAAAGUCAAAGUUUCAACAGCAUGUGCCUUUCCGGGAGAGUAAACUGACCCACUAUUUUCAAAGUUUUUUUCAUGGUAAAGGGAAGAUAUGUAUGAUUGUCAACAUUAGCCAAUGCUGUUUUGCCUAUGACGAAACACUCAAUGUGUUGAAGUUCUCAGCCAUUGCACAAAAAGUUUGUGUUCCAGACACUUUAAAUUCCUCUCAAGAGAAAUUAUAUGGACCUGUCAAAUCUUCUCAAGAUAUGCCAUCAGACAUUAAUAAUUCAGAUAAUAAAAUAUUAAAUGUAAAAAGAUCUACAAUUUCAUGGGAAAGUAGUCUGGAAGAUCUGGUGGAAGAUGAAGAUUUGGUUGAGGAUCUAGAAGUAGCUGAAGAAAACCAAAAUGUGGAGACUCAACUUACUGAUGAAGAUCUAAAUAAAACACUAGAGGAAGACAAGGCUUCCAUUAGCCAUGAGGAGAAGAGAAAACUGUUGGAUUUAAUAGAAGACUUGAAAAUAAAACUGGUAAAUGAAAGAAAAGAAAAGUUAACAUUGGAAUUUAGAAUUCGUGAAGAAGUUACACAGGAGUUCACUCAGUAUUUGGCUCAACGAGAAGCUGACUUUAAGGAAACACUCCGUCAGGAACGAGAGAUAUUAGAAGAAAAUGCUGAAUGUCGUUUGGCCAUCUUCAAAGAUUUGGUUGGUAAAACUGACCCUCAGGAAGAACCAGUAAAUCAAGAUUGUGCAAUGAAAGUUGAAACCAAAGAAGCACAUAAUUAUGUAGGAAUUGAAGAUAUUAUUGAUUCUCUUCAAGAUGAUGUCACUGAUAUUAAGAAACAGGCUGAAAUUGCUCACUUAUAUAUUGCAUCUCUUGCUGACCCCCAGGAAGCUAUUGCUUGUUUAGAAAUAAAGUUUAAUCAAGUUAAAGCUGAAUUAGCUAAAACCAAAGAAGAAUUAAUCAAAACCCAGGAAGAGUUAAAAAAGAGAGAAAAUGAGUCAGAAAUUAACUUAAAUUCAUUGGCUGAAGAGCUUGAGAAAUCUAAUGAGAAAAUACUUAUGCAGAAUCAAAGAAUUCAAGAGUUGAAAGAUAUAAUUGAUCACAAAGAGGAUACUAUUAACAACUUUCAGAACCUAAAAUUUCAUGUGGAAGACACAUUUCAAAGCAGUAACAAGGCUGGUACAUCUUUAUUAAUAAUAAACAAUAAAUUGGCUUGUAAUGCAACUCCUAAGGACAGCAAAACUAAAAAUUAUCCAGGAAAAAAAAGAUUAAAUGAAAAUGAACUUCAACAAGAUGAACCACCAGCAAAGAAAGGACCUAUACAUGCUAGUUCAACUAUCACUGAAGACCAAAAUAAAAGUAAAAAAAUGCAACAGAGUAUUUCAGAAGAUGAGGAAAACAGAGUUUUACAAGAAAAUAAUGAUAAUGAAGAGCUGAAAACACGAUUACUCAUUGUUGAGAAUGAACUUAGAAAUGAAAAGGAAGAAAAAGCAGAAUUAAGUAAACAGAUUGUUGGUUUGCAGCAGGAACUUUCUUUUUCUGAGAAGAAGAGCUUUUCUUUACGUAUAGAUAUCCAGCAAAUUCAGUCAAUUUAUGACAAUGCCGUUUCUGAAUUACAAGUGCAGAGGGGUAUAAAUCAAGAACAGAAGGAAAAGAUCAUAAAAUUGUCAGAGGAGAUAGAAAUCGCUGGAAGAAACAUCACAAAUAAUGUUUCACAAAUAAAAUUGAUGCAAGCAAAAAUAGAUGAACUACGAACCCUUGAUUCAGUUUCUCAGAUCUCAAACAUAGAUUUCCUCAAUCUCCGUGAUCUCUCAAGUGGUUCUCAGGAGGAGGAUUUGCCAAAUACACAGUUACACCCUUUGGGUAGUGAUUAUUUGGUAAGUAAGCAGGUUAAACCCAAUAGGGAAAGUUCUUUUCACUCUAGUAUUGAUGCCAUUUGGGAAGAAUGUAAGGAGAUUGUAAAGGCCUCCUCCCAAAAAAGUCAUCAGAUCCAGGAACUGGAACGACAAAUUGAAAAAUUACAAGCAGAACUAAAAGGCUAUGAGGAUGAAAAGAAGAGACUAAAAACAGAGAAUACAAAUCAAGAUGCCCUACUAAAAGAAAAAGAAAGUCUUAUACAGCAACUGAAAGAAGAAUUGCAAGAAAAAAAUGUUAGUCUCAAUGUUCAACUGCAGCAAGUAGUUGAAGGAAAGACAGCACUUUCAGAACUUACACAGGACAUUGCCUGCUAUAAAGUGCAGAUAAAGGAACUUGAAACAAUCUUAGAAACUCAGAAAACUGAAUGUAGUCAUUCAGCCAAGUUAGAAGAAGAAAUUUUGGAAAAGGAAUCUAUCAUCUUGAAGCUAGAAAAAAAUCUGAAGGAAUUUCAAGCAAAUCAUCCGGAUUGUAUCAAAAACAUCAAAGAUUUAAAUGCAAGGGAAGUCAAAUUGAAAGAAGAAAUCACACAAUUAACAAAUAAUUUGCAAGAUGCAAAGCAUUCCCUUCAAUUAAAGGAAGAGGAAAAAGAAACCAACUGGCAGGAGACAGAAAAGCUGAAAGAGGAGCUCUCGGCAAGCUCUGCUCUUAUCCAGACCCUGAAAGCAGAUCUUCAGAGGAAGGAGGAAGAUAAUGCUGAGCUGAAGGAGAAGCUGACUGAUGCCAAAAAGCAGAUUAAGCAAGUACAGAAAGAGGUAUCUCUAAUGCGUGAUGAGGAAAAAUUACUGAGGAUUAAAAUGAAUGAACUAGAGAAAAAGAAAAACCAAUGUUCUCAGGAAAUUGAUAUGAAACAGAGAACCAUUCAGCAACUCAAGGAGCAGUUAAGUAUUCAGAAAGUGGAAGAAACUAUACAACAGUAUGAGAGAGUAUGCAAAGAUCUAAGUAUUAAAGAAAAAGUGAUUGAAGACAUGCGAAUGACACUGGAAGAACAAGAACAGACCCAGGUAGAACAAGAUCAAGUGCUCGAAGCUAAAUUAGAGGAAGCUGCACGGCUGGCCACAGAAUUGGAGAAUUUGAAGGAAAAGUACAAAGAUCUGGAAACCAAAAGUAAUCAAAGGUCAAACAAGGAACUUGAGGAUAACACAGAUGUGCUUAGUAAAAAGCUCAAUAAACUUCAAGAUGCAUUACAGGAAUCUGAACAGAAAUAUAAAUCUGAUAGAAAGAAAUGGUUAGAUGAAAAAAUGAUGCUGAUCACUCAAGCAAAAGAAGCUGAGACUCUACGAAACAAAGAAAUGAAAAAAUAUGCUGAAGACAGAGACCGUGGUUUAAAGCAACAAAAUGAAGUGGAAAUACUUACAGCACAGCUGGCAGAGAAAGAUAAUAACCUUCAAAAGUGGCGAGAAGAACGGGAUCAGCUGGUCGCAGCGUUAGAAAUACAGCUGAAAGCACUGAUUUCCAGUAACUCUCAGAAAGAUAACGAAAUCGAACAGUUGAGAAGGAUCACAUCAGAGGCUUCUAAAACAGAAAAAGAAACCAGGCUUAGCAAGCCCAGACAUAUGAGUUCAACAGACCUUGGAGUUGAAACUGAACCUCAGUCAACAAGUUUUGAAAUUGCCAGCAAUGAAGUAGAGGAUGAAUUUGUAGUCCUUGACUCUUGUGAAGUGUCAACAGAAAAUAAUCAAACUACUCGAUUUCCAAAACCUGAGUUAGAGAUUCAAUUUACACCUUUGCGGCCAAACAAAAUGGCAGUGAAGCACCCUGGUUGUACCUUACCAGUGACGGUUAAGAUUUCAAAGGCUCGAAAGAGGAAGAGUAAUGAAAUGGAGGAGAGUACUAUAUUUUCAAGCUGGUGGAAGAGCAGAAAUAGUAUUAACCAUACUCCUGAGGCUCUCUGUCAGGAAUUGGUGAAAUGUGAAAAUAAGAAGAAUACAACACCCAGAACUAAUCUGAAGUCACCUGCUUCUGAGCAUAGAAAUUCUUCUGUUAAAAAGGAACAAACGGUUACCACACGACCAUCAUCUCAGAAAACAUAUUCUUUACGGAGUCAGGCAUCUGCAGUUAAUGUAAACUUGGCCGCUAAGAAAAAAGAAGGAACGCUGCAGAAAUUUGGAGACUUCUUACAACGUUCUCCAACAAUUCUUCAAUCAAAAGCAAAGAAGAUAUUUGAAACUAUGAGCUCUUCAAAGCUCUCAAAUGUAGAAGUAAGUAAGGAAAAUGUAUCUCGACCAAAACGGGCCAAACGGAAAUUAUAUACAAAUGAAAUUUCAUCUCCUAUUGAUAUAUCUGGCCAAGUGAUUUUGAUGGAUCAUAGAGUGAAGGAAAGUGAUCAUCAGAUUCUCAAACGACGACUUCGAACUAAAACAGCCAAAUAAAUCACUAUGGAGGAU